AAUCCUAUUAUAGGAAUUAGGAACUAAUGAGAACCGUUGGAUCUAACACAAAAGGCGCGCGAUCUAACGGCCCAAAUUAAAUCAGACGAAUUGAAUGAGUUUCUCUCUCCUCUCUCCUCGGCGAUUUUCUCUUCCCUCUUUCUCAUAUCAUUGACGCCAUUGUUCUCUCUCCUCAAGCUUUAUUCAAGCUUCCUCAAUUCAAUCAAUAGCUCCAAUAUCAGAAAAAGUUGCUACAAUUUACAUAUUUCUUCAAUGUUGUGCUGAAUUCGCUGCAAAAUUUCUCAACGAUAGAGGUAAGCAUUGAAUAAUUCUCCAUUGACACGGCUUCCAAGCUUUCUCUACUCCAUUGACGCGGAUUCUGAGCUUUCCCUACUCCGUUGAAGCAUCUUCUGAGGAAACACUAAAAGUUCAGGGAAAAAAGGAUACAAGAACUAUGAAGUAUGAAUAAAGAAAGACAAUAAUAGAGGAACGGUUUGAUAGGCUUCUUAUAGAGGUUAGAUUUUUUACAUCCAUUGUGAUAAGAAUCAGUAUGGUGAUUCUCUGUGAUCAAAUGUUGGCAUUGGGAGACCAUAUGCAAAUUUCCUAGGCCCUUAGGCCCCUCACAGAAAAAGAGUAAAAGUUCUAGGCUGAAAUUAAGGCUUUGUUUGUUUUGACGGAAAACAAAUUUAAUGGAAAAUGAAUUUCCAUGAAAAUCUAUUUUCCGGAGGAAAACUCAAAUUUGGUUUAGUUUUCCUUUGUUUGUUUGUAAGGAAAUUCAUUUCCAAGUAUCCUAUUUUCCUUUGUUUGUUCGGAAAUUCAUUUUCCAUGAAUCCCAUUUUUCUUUGUUUGUUUGGAAAUUUAUUUUUCAAAUACCCAAACUAAUAAUAAGAAAACAUCAAAAACACCCUUGUAAAUGAUUUAAGAGCUAAAAUUCUAUAGUUCUUCAUAUUUGAUCUACAUAUGUUAACCACUUCAAACUAAUAAUAAAAAACUUCUGAUAAUGCCCAAGAAUACAAAUACCCAAGCCAAACAAACAGCAAAAAAAUAAGAAAAGAAAAACGGUUGCCAGGCAGCAGCAUAGUAGUUAUAGCAGAAACAGGAAGCAAGAAACAAAAGGCAAAGAAGAAGACAGCAAGAUGUCACGGGUCAUCUCCCACACCAAGGAUGGACGUCAAGAGGGUCACUAGGCAGCAAGGCAACAAUCGGGGCUAGGGGGCUUGCCUUGGUGCUCAGGUAAGCACUUCCCCCUAAAGAGCUUUAUAUUGCACCUUGCUUAGAAUCCUAGUGAACACCCACUUGACAGUAACACAAUAAUGGGUCGUUUGGAGACCCAAAUGAAGACCAAAUGGGCCCAAAUUCGGGGGUCCACAGUAUUUUGGGCCAAGGAAGACGAUGGUGGUGUCAGUUUUCCAAGACAAGGUCCCGAAAUACGAGUUUUGGCAGCAGGUAGUCCGGAAAACGCGAGAUGCUUCUAGAAGGUUCCGGAGCUAUCUACAAGGUUCUUUUGAAGGAGUAUUCUAGAGGGAAUGUCUCUAGAAUAUUCAAGGGUUUUCAUGUACAUAGUAGAAGUGUCUAGGGUCUUCUAUCCAUGUGCAUAAGUGUUGUACGUUCUAGAAUGUUCUAGGGAUGUCUUGAACAUUCUAGCUAGGGAAGGAUGUAGAAACCUCCAUGUAGGUAGUUCCUAAGGAGGUGGGAACACUCUAGAUGUUGUAAGUCUAGAACCCUCCAUUUGAGGAGGUUAGGAAUUUUCUAGAGAAGCAUGUAAGUAGGAUGGAGCACUAUAAAUAGGCUCCAAGGCUCAUUUGUACAUUCAAGUUGAGAGAUCAACAAGUUAAGAGCUAUAAGUUGAAAGCAAUACAAAAAGCCUUUCUUAAGCACUUGUGUUCUCUUGCAACUCAAUUCUUUCCUUCCAACACUUAGAGAGUGUGAGGAAAACUAAGGCACGAGGGUGCCAAGUGAGUGAUCGGGCAUACCAGCAAGAGUGAUAGCUUGGGUGCUCAAUUGUCUACGACACUUAGUCGUAAAUUCGGACUAAGGCACUAAGGGUGAGUGCUUAGUUCAACCAAAGGGGACUUGUUAGCACAAAGGGAUCGUGCUAGCAAACUUAUACUAGCAGCACAAGGAGUUGUGCUACGUGGGCACAAGGAGUAAGUGCCAAGGAGAAAGCCUGACUCGUCUUACGACGGACUGUAAGCGGGUGGCGCACGGUGCGUGACUAGGGCAAAGUAGUCGGCACGUGACAGGUGGUAUCAGAGCAAGGCUACGAUUGUCGUGUGGGAUCGGCAUCGUAAAUUCAAGGCGUUGCUGUUGGAGCUACGAAAGGACGGUAGCUAGGCAACAAGGUAAGUCGCUUCAUUCUUAUUGUGGAAAUAAGUAUGACUGGCGACAAAGAAGUUCCGGCGAGCCAAGUUUUUCAAGGGGAAGAGGAGACAACAAGGAGGUCCAAGAAGAAGGGAACGAGGGACCUAUCGAGGGACCCAUCGGUGUCCAGAACCUUGACUUCUGAGUUGGAACCCCGCCUCAUGAAGGUAGAGUGUACUGUGGCGAACAUGCACGAUGAUAUUACACAACUCUCGGACUCCGUGGAGGGGCUCGAAGGAAAAGUGGAGGCCGCACACACUGCUACCCAAGAUUUGAGGGACGAGACUCUUGGGCUCGUCAAUAGCGCGUUGGCAACAAUUCGCGAAGAGGUCGCGAAACUCAAAGAAGAGUUGCUUGGGCAACUAAGGGACAUCCGAGCUGAGGUGGAGUCGGUGAAGGAGGAUGUCAUUCUAUGUAAGAAGGCAGCAGUGACCGGGAGUGUCACUAUCCUACAAGGGCCAAAGAUGGAGGUCCCAAAGCCACAAAAAUACCAUGGGAAGCGAGACGCUCGAGAAAUAGACAACUUCCUAUGGGGCGUCGAGAGGUACUUCGACGCAAUGAAGAUGGAUGACGAUGCAUCAAAGAUCAAUACCGCCGCAAUGUACUUGGGCGAGGAUGCUGUCCUUUGGUGGAGGCGUCGAGAGUUGGACAUCAAGAAGGGGACUUGUUCCAUCAGCACAUGGGACGAGUUCAAGAAAGAUUUCAAGCGUCAGUUCUACCCGGAGAAUGCCAAGAAGGUCUCCAUGAUGAAGCUACGUGACUUAAAGCACACUAGCACAAUCAAGGAGUACAUCAGGCAAUUCACAUCCCUCAUGCUUGAGAUCGAUGAUUUAUCGGAGGUGAACCAAGUCAUUUACUUCACCGGAGGUUUACAACGAUGGGCCCAGCAAGAGGUGGAAAGACGGAAUGUUAAGACACUUGCUGAGGCAAUAGCCGUGGCGGAGUCCUUGAUCGAGAUCCCGAGGGAAUCGAGAAGGGACAGGGGCAGAAGGGUCGAGGAAGAUGACCAAGAGGAAGAAGAGGCAUCACGUCCAAAGGCCAGGCAUGCGGAUCAUGGCAAGGACAAGGCCAAGUCCAAGUGGGAGUCGAAGGGGGACAACCGAGACGGAGGUAAGCCCUCAAAGCCGUUCAAAUGUUUCCUGUGUGAGGGUUCUCACCUAGCGAGAAAUUGCCCGAUGCGGCAAAAAUUAAGUGCCAUGAUCGCAACGGAGGAGGAGUCCGCACCCACAACGAGGAUGGGGGCAAUGGUCAUGAGCGAGGACGCCCAGCUCGCCAAUAUGAGGCUCCUCAACACUUCAAGGGUCGAAGACGAUGACCUCAAGGGAAGGGCAUCUCCGACAAGCAGCACUACGAACAUCAAGCAAGGAGGAAGCUCGAUGAUCGUAAACGGGGAAGUGAACGAGGUACCGACGAGGCUACUUGUGGACACGGGAGCGUCGCACAACUUCUUGGCUAAGGAGGAAGCCAAAGCCUUAGGGGUGAAGUUCACUAAAGUGGAUGGCGAGAUGAAAGCCAUCAAUUCAGAGGCCACGCCAGUGUAUGGAAAGGCGUGGGGAGUUCCAGUCCGCUUGGGGAAGUGGAAGGGAAAAGUCGACUUCUUGGUGGUCGACAUUGAUGAUGAGGACGUGGUGCUAGGCAUGGAGUUCUUGCACAAGGUCCUACCUGUUCGGGUAAGUGAUGGCAUGAUAACCAUCACAUCAAAGGGGAGCGAGAUAGGGAUCAAGCUCGCUCAACUCAAGGAGCGGGACGUGAGGGUCUCGACCUUGAAAGCUUGGUGGGCGCCAAGGCAAAGGCGUCAAGGUGCGAUCCAUGGGAGGAUCAAGGCAACAAAGAUGCCAGGGACAAGGCAUCAUGGUGUUCCAAGGGAUGGGACAACAAGGCUCAAGUGUGGAGUCAACAGGAGGGACGGGGCAGCGGCGCACAGAAGCACCCAAGGGACAAGUGGUGCACUAGACCGGGUCGCGGGCACGUACUCCAAGGGACGAUCUUGCCGAGGACGGCAAGAAUUUGGGUGGGGGAGAAUGUCACGGGUCAUCUCCCACACCAAGGAUGGACGUCAAGAGGGUCACUAGGCAGCAAGGCAACAAUCGGGGCUAGGGGGCUUGCCU